ACCAGCGCUGUCGUGUGCCUCCUCACAUCAACAGCCAAAAUGAUUCAGAUCAUGAGCAGCGGGAACGUCUUCGCCCGGGGGCUUUCGCGCAUUUCGCGCCGUCGGAAGCGGCGACGGAACCUCGCCGCGGCCCUCGAGCAGGGCCCGAGCGCGGCGUCGAACGCAGCCACGGCUGUCUCAACCGCCGACGUCGAGUGCCUGACGCAGCCCAGCCGACCUUCUUUGCUGGGGCGCUCGAUGGACCGACUUCGAAGAUCCAUUCGGCAAUCCUUUCGACGUGGUGGACGGCAUAGCCCUGAGACCAGUACUCCCUCCGAACUCGUCACUUCGAAUGGAUCCAGCGGCCAAAAACAGGAGCAGUGGCAGCCGGACGAAGCUGCCGUGAGGGCAGGACUUUGCCACUUCACUGUGAAGUACCUUGGUGCGGUCGAAGUUUAUGAGUCACGAGGUAUGCAAGUGUGCGAAGGAGCUUUGAAAAUGCUUAGGAGCAACAGGCGAAGGCCUAUUAAAGCUGUCCUGUACGUAUCUGGAGAUGGUCUUCGUGUAGUGGAUCAAGAAAACAAUAGGGGUUUAAUUGUGGACCAAACGAUUGAAAAGGUCUCUUUUUGCGCUCCUGAUCGCAACAAUGACAAAGGUUUUGCGUACAUCUGCAGGGAUGGCACUUCUAGGCGGUGGAUGUGUCAUGGAUUCCAUGCUACGAAGGAGUCGGGCGAGCGCCUCUCUCAUGCUGUCGGAUGCGCGUUUUCGAUUUGCUUAGAGCGAAAGAAAAAACGCGAUGAAGAGAAUGUGCAGUCGCUGGAAAACGCACUGAAUCCUAAUUGGGGUGACAAGGACGAUGCUAAUGCUGCGUUACAACGAACAAACCAGGCCUAUCAAUCAUUUCGCAAACAAAUACCCAUUAGCGAAAGACUCCAGGAUCCACAGUCUGCCAUCGUCAACACAGCUCCUCACACCACUUCGCAGCAACCAUCAUCUAGUAUUGCGAAGCCUCGACCAACUCCCAAUCCAGCUCUCUUCCAGCGCCAGGGAUCUUUACGUGCACCAGAGACUACAGCGGCUCAUUUUCGUAGGAACUAUUCUUUGCGAACUAAUGCUCAAAGUUUGGAUGGUUUCCCAAUGAAAUCGGCACUUGGAAAACAGUCUCUGCACAAUGAACCUAUAUAUGAGGGUGAAGAAGAAAACUCAACACAAGCACCAGUGCAGUUUCCCUCUAGCCCGAUUUCAUUUGACUACAGCAAAAGUCCGCCCAUGCAAAACUCGGCAGCUUACAAUAAACCAGCAGUCGCUCCUCCUGCUGAUGUUUUCGACCUCAUUCAUAUAACGCCUUCGACAUCAAUCUCUAACGACAUAGUUAACUACGCUGUUGCUAAUCCUCAACCUCAACCUCAAUGGCCUAUCCAACCCUCCCCUAUGUUCAGUGCCGUACAGUCACCAACUGCGAUGUUGAAUGGAAUAAAUUCGACUCCUACAAUGGGACAGAUCAAUGUCAAUACAACUUGGACCGCUCCGACAUCAACGUCGCAGUCAUCAUCGCGUUCGAAGGCAGACGAGUGGCUAGAAGAUGUUUUCCGCACCUCUCUAACUAUUAGCUCUCCUCCAUUACCGGUCUCCCCUAGCGAACACGCUAAGAUAUCUUCCCCGAAUGAUGCUCAGGAUUGGCCUACGACGCCACCUCGUCCUACCGCCUACGAUGCUCCGAUAACAAGUGGUCCUCCUCCUGCUCAACCACCCCCUCCGCUUCCCACCAAACAAGUGGUGGUGAAUGGGUCAUUAUCCGCGAGAUCGGGUUUGGCAGUGGAUGCUUUUGGACAGUCAGUAAACUGGGAUGCCGUUCCUCCAGCUCCUGUAAAAGUCGAAGAUCCAUUCGACAUUCAGUGGAGCCGGCUUGCUGCAAAUUCGGCGAUGGCAUCCAAUCCAUUUCUCGCAGAGGUUCCACGGGAGCUUAGAAUUUAGUUGAAGUGAUAACGACUGACAGUACAUUCGUCUUCAGAGAGUUCUAUCUAACGUUUUUCAGUUUUGAAGUGUACUGCUACAUAUCUAUUUUGUGAAUACAACUUUGCUAAUUGAUUACGUAAGCAAAGCUUACGUUUUCCGUUGGAUUUGAAGUGUCACUGAGCUCAUUUUGAAUGCGCGUUGUAUUGUAUCAUAACUUGAAGUAAUAAGUUUCACCAUCUUCCAAAAAACCCUUAUGAUUUCAAGCCCAUAGCCUGCAGAUUCGUUUUUUUUUUUUGUUCGAAGUGUCUACAAACAUUUUCAUGCUGUUUUAGAAAUUUGUUUUGGCGAUAAACUAGAGCACUCUAUUUCCGUCAGAGGCAUUCUAUAGUGCUUAGUUUUGAGUUUUAUACCGGUAAAACUAUAAACGAAGGGCAUUGCCGCUAUUUGUGUUGCAGUGUUGUCAAUGCAUUGUGACGGACAUCUCCUUGAAUGCUCUCAAUAAUGUACCAUUUGUGUAAUAAGUGAUUUUCUUGCUCUCCCUAUAUGUGAUAGUUUUGUCAAUGAAAUUCUCUGCAACGAUGCAUUGUUUAUUGGAGACUCGUUAGCGUUUGGUUUAUAUGAAAUGUGAGAUAUGGAGCGCAGGUAUGGCUAGUUGGAGUCAUGCUGCAGCUUGGCUUGGUCGUCCUAUUCCUGCUGUUAUCUGGGGGCCAAAGCACAGAUUACAACAAAAAACUCGAGGAUGUGCUCCUGAAAAACUAUAACAGCCGUCAUCGACCUGUCAAGAAAGAAUCCACCACAGUUCAAGUCAGCGUCUAUAUGGGCAUUAGUCAUGU